AUGUGCCCCCCGGUCAGCCUGCGGUGUGAGGCGGAGGGGCUGUCCUACCUGUACACGUCCUGGAUGUAUGAGCUUCAACACGGCAGCCAGCUGAGGGUCUGCUUCGCUUGCUUCAAGGCUGCCUUUCUGGACCUUGGACAGGUGCUGGAGGUGGAAGACUGGGAAGAUGAAGAUUGGGGCCCUGAGUUGAUGGAGCACAUUGAGGCAGGGUCUGAGCAGGGGUCAUCCCCGGGGAUGGGCCCAAGCUGGGGGCUGGCCCAAGGGCACCCUGCACAGGGUGGGUCUGUGGACUGGGGCUGGGGCACCCUGGCGUUAGGCCUCGUGGAGUCAGACGAGGAGGACCUGGACCUGGACGAGCACUUUAUGCCCACCGAGCUGGAGCCUCAGGAUGCCACACCCCUGGGCCUGGGGGCUGAGGAUGCUGACUGGACCCAAAGCCUUCCCUGGAGAUUCGGGGGACUCCCUACCUGCUCACACUGGCCAAGCCCUUCUCCAUGGCAGGCGUUUUUCAGCGUGGACCUGCCCCCGGCGGGAGCCCAUGGCGUUGGAGCUGGGCACCACCCGGGCCACGGGCCCUGUUGA